CAGGCCGGGAGGGGCGCUCCCUGGCCGAGGGGGAUUGUGGGAGUUGUAGUCCGGCCGGCCGGGCGGGAGAACUCUUCUUCCCAGAAGCCUCCGGGGCGCCCCUUGGCAGGAGAAGAGGAGCAUGCCGGGAAUGGUGCCCUGGGCUUGGCCCUCCUCGCUGCACCGCCCGACCUCGUCAUGCCGCCCCAGCCCCGAGCCGGCUGCCUCUCCCAGCGGGACCCCCCUGCCCGGCCUCCUCCCCGGCGCGGAGCCGGGCCCGGACGCGCGGAGGAUUUUCGGCGAGAAGGGACGGACGAGGGCCCGCCGGCGGCGCCCGCGGGGGACGUGCCCCGCGGCCUCGGGCUGGCGGGAUUUCCGAGAGGGAUCUCCUUGGCGAAGCUUCCCGAGGGCAACUUUCCCCGGUGGUCGGAGCAGCGACGAGACUGGGAGAGGGCGAAGGGGAGAGAGAAGCCGUGCGGAGAGUGGCCGCAGGGCGGCCGGGAGGGCAGGCCCGCCCCCCAGCGCUUAGCGUUCGGGGGAACCGAGUCCUACAGGUGCCCCGAGUGCGGAGAAGACGUCCUUCGCCUUCCGGAUCUCAUCCGGCAUCAGGGCACCCACCCGGGAGAGAAACCCUACCGCUGCCCCGAGUGCGGGAAGGGCUUCCGGAGGGGCUCGGACCUGGUCAAACACCACCGCACUCACACGGGCGAGAAACCUUACCCGUGCCCGGAGUGCGGGCGCUGCUUCAGCCUGAGCUCCAACCUGAUCCAGCACCGCAGAAGCCACACGGGCCACAAGCCCCACAAGUGCCCCGACUGCGGGGAGGGCUUCGGCCGCAGCUCGGACCUGGUGAAGCACCGGCGGACCCACACCGGGGAGAAGCCCUACACCUGCGGGGAGUGCGGGAAGAACUUCAGCGUGAGCUCCAACCUGAUCCAGCACCAGAGGACCCACACCGGGGAGAAGCCCUACAAGUGCCCGGACUGCGGGAAGUCCUUCAGCCUGAGCUCCAACCUGAUCCAGCACCAGCGCUCGCACACCGGCGAGAAGCCCUAUAAGUGCAGCUGGUGUGGGGACAGUUUCGGCCGGAGCUCCUACCUCCUCAAACACCAGCGGUCCCACACCGGGGAGAGACCCUACACCUGCCCCGACUGCGGGAAGAGCUUCACCAACAGCUCCGACUGCCUCCGCCACCAGAGGACCCACAACGGGGAGAAGCCCUUCAAGUGCCCCGACUGCGGCCGGGGCUUCGGCGAGCACUCCCAGUUCACCGACCAUCGGCGCACGCACACCGGGGAGAAACCCUUCGGGUGCCCCGACUGCGGGAAGAGCUUCUUUCACAGCUCCAAGCUCGUCAAGCACCAGCGCUCUCACACGGGAGAGAAGCCCUACAAGUGCCCCGACUGCGGGAAGAGCUUCGUGGACGGCUCCAAUCUUCUCCGCCACCAGAGAACCCACGUCGGGGAGAGGCCCUACGCGUGCGGGGACUGUGGGAAGCGUUUCAGCCAGAGCUCCCACCUCCUGAUCCACCGGGCGGCCCACUCCGGGGAGAAGCCCUACGUCUGCCUGGACUGCGGCAAGGCCUUCGCUCGGAGCUCGAAUCUGAUCCAGCACCAGAGGACUCACCGGGGAGAGAGGCCCUAUAAGGGGCCCGAGUACAGGGAGGACUUCGGGCUCGGCUCGGACUUCGUUCGGGACCUGGGGAAACCCGCCGAGGCGGAAUUCCUUUAGCAGCCCCCCCCUCCCUUUCUCUUUCUCGUUCGUCGCCGUACAAAGCCACCGAGGUCUCUCGGGACGCCCCGGGUGUCCGUCUCGGGGCCGUGACGGGAGGCAGCGGAGCGGAGGGCGGGACCCGGUGGGGACCUCCCGCCUGAAAGGAAGAGGGGAAAGUAGGCCUCGAGGUUCUGGAGCAGGUGGGAGAGACCCGUCCGGAGGUCUCUGCUGACUGGUGGAGUUCUGGGGAGAGAGGGCACGGCUUCCUCGUACGUUUGUCGCGGGGUCAGGGCUGGGCUCAAAUUGGGGCGACUCCUGGGGCUAAGAAGCAGACGUCUGCAGCGGAAAGGGUGGUGCGGUGCAGAGUGCCAAAGGGCAGCCUCCUUUGCCCAUCGGUCAAUCGGUAUUUAUUUAUCGGGCACCUCCUGUGUGCAGAGCAUCCUCCUUAGCAGUUGGGAGAGUUCGGGAGGUGGGAGACACUCCAGCAGGAGCUUAGAGUCUUUUGGAGGAGACGGGCAAAUAGGAAGAAGUGCCCGGCGUGCAUAAAACGACAAUAUACAAAAAGUACCGUGAACGGUCGUUAGUGCACACGUGCCGAGAUGAGGCCGUGGCCCGGAGAGAAGGGAAGUAAACCGGGGUAGGCCCGGUGGAGGCGGGGUUUCAGAAGGGCUGUGGAGAUAGAUGGGAUCUGUCACGUGUGAGCGAGGAAGGUUGUCGUCGGCAGGACCCAUCGAGAAAGCGAGCCGGGGAGGAGCGGGGAGCGCGAGCUGGGGCGAAGCGGGAGAGCGGAUGGGGGAGGAUGGAGGCUCCCGUCAGGAAGAGCGGCCGAGCCUUGACCCUCGGCCUGCCAGCCUGAGAACAUUGGCAAAAAAAUUGUGCAGCCUGGUUCGCCGGCUCCCUCCCGGCCAGUGGUAUUCCCGCGGGGGCCCAGAGUGCAACGAGCAAGUAGUCGGGCCGGGGCGCGGCACAGUGCAGAGAGCGUGAGCGGGCUUCAUCCACGUUAGCCCGCUGCAGACAAAUAUAGGACCAGAACGGGGCGGGGGGGGGAGGGGGCGGGGGGGGUCUCCUGAUUCCCAGGGGAGUGCUCUGUCCACCUGACCAAGAGCAGAGCCGAGCGAAGAGAUAGGAGGGAGAGGGUGGAUGGAGUGCCUGGGACCAGUGGGGCCUGAGCGGGGAAGAAGGGAAACGGUUCUUAUUCAUUCAGUCGUAUUUAUUGAGCGCUUACUGUGUGCAGAGCACUCUACUAAGCGCUUGGAAAGUACAGUUCGGCAACAGAUAGAGACAAUCCCUACCCAACGACGGGCUCGCAGUCUAGAAGGGGGACCCAGCCUGACCUGCUCCUCUCCCUGCUGCCGGAGCCACCUCCGGGAUCCGAAGAAGGUGGUUGCCUAAGGAACAGAUUCGUUUUCAGCCGUUUUCCCGCUAUAUCCCACCCCCGCUCCACUCUCCACCCCUCAACCGGUCCAGGGAGCAGAGGAAGAUGAGGGACAAGGCUGCAACUGUGGGUUGGGAGCUCUAGGGCAGCCUCUCGGGAAAGGAUUCACCUUCCCCGAAAGAGCCACUCGGCAGCCCUCACUCCGAGUUCCUGGGGUGGUGGGAGUCACGGGGGAAGGGAAUGGGACCCGGCGACUUGCGUCCCACCCCGUUAGCCGGCUUGGUUGCUGGACACCUGGACUCCGAAUGGGGAGCGAGGGACGGGAGUACGUGCUCCGGUUCCCGUUACUGAUUCCAAAUAAAAACCACGUCGUGACUGUUUCCCUUCCAA